ACUUUUAGGCGCGGCCUCGGUAACUUGAGAGCCAGCCUGGUUCCUCAUCCUACCUUCAGCAGUACUCUAUUCACAAGUAUGCCUCCCCUGGGUCGAAUUCGACGUCGUCUCUUGCCCGACGGUCAUGAACAUGGCAGGUCAUCGUUAUCGUACGAAGCCGGAAAAAAAGAGGAAGCAAAAGAAGAGCUUCCACCUCAGAUGGGAGACGUUGAUUCUUCGCCAGAAGAUUUUUCAUCGUCCGCGAUGCGAAACUCAGAUGGCCCUGAGACCCAGAAAAGUGAUUUCAUUGGGACGGAUAUAGAUGAUGGAAAGUUUCAAAGAGACUCAUCACAUACUUCCAGCGACAGAGACCAAGAUCUUGCAGCUGGCCACACAGUUUACACUGAUUCAGGAUACCGCGAAGACAUCGAAGCGGAUGCCAUAGGCAUCUCCUCGCUUGUAACCCCCUCUCUGGAGUCCACCUACAUGGGAUCGAGCAUCAAUCUGAUACAGCUCUACACAUCCGAACUGGCAGAUGAAAUUUACAAAAUAGUUCUGUCUGUAAAUUUGGACGACGAUAUCAUGGAGAGAAUCUGCGCUACCCUUCCUGUUCUCCUCAAAGCUUUCGGUCUGAGAAUCGGCUGUAAUGCACGUACCCAAAUGCACCGAGACGUCAUGUUUUUUAUCGUCAAGCAUCGACAUGAUGUUGUUGCACAAUUCCGCGAAAAAUGCGCUCUUCAUAUUGAAAAUACACGGCAAGAUAUAGGACAACAAACGGAGAAAAUGCCACUCGAAGACAUUUUGAGUAGAUGGAGCCAGACGAUGACAAGCCCAGAGGAAACUGACCAUCCUCUUGAUGACGAGCAGCUGAAUGAGGCAAGCACCGGCGACUUAUUAGGCCCCAAUUUGUAUGAUGUAGUAGAUGAGGAUGAAUCAGAUGAGAUGGAUUCGUCUGCUCUCUAUGCAUACCGAGACUUCAUAACUAAAUCGCCGGCGUAUAUAUGGCUCGAAAGAAGUUUACGGAAGGAGUGCCUGCUGGUUCCGGCAGAACCGAAUCAUAUGAAGGCUAUCGGUAAAAAGAUCACUUCCUGUUUGCCAUUGCAACGCAAAAUUAGCAGAAGACGAUCAUCGCAGGUUUACAAGAUGUUAUUUCAGGUGGAAUGGGACUCGGAGUCGACUACGCUUGAAGAAAAUCAAGAGUAUUCAGAGAAACUAAACCAGCCAUUUGGCACGGUGAUGACCCUGAUAAACUAUCAAUUCAUGGUCCUGACAGGAUCAGCCGAAAACGCGCAAUCACAGACGGUUAUUGGAUAUCUGAGUCAGACAUGGCCGUCAACUGGAAAGCAUACUAUGCGGCUGGUCGAAGAUGCCCUCCUACAUAACCAAGGAAAAAAAACUACAUGCACUUUACCCGACAGUACUACGCUCGUAGCAUGGCUUUGGCAAUCAAAACUUAUGGUCGAGGUGGUCGGGAUAGAAUACUCCAUCGUGGAAAUUGGUGAACAGCUCGCAUGGCUCGCAGCUGCUCUUCGCAAGUCCUCCAACGAUCACCGAGUCACUUACUGCAUACCAAUCGUUGAAAAUCAGACUGGAUUACGGAGUCCUAGUGCGAUGAUUGAUACCACCACGAAUGCGAACGAAAAUCCGCACGGAACAACAUAUGGACAUGAUGCCUCAUCGUUAAGAAUUGAAAGUUAUUCACAGGAAACACCUCACAUGGAAAUUUCACAAGAGGUAGUCUGUAAGAUCUCUGCCACCGUGGAAGACGGUGGAGAGCACCUCAACUGCUCGGAUGACCAAUGUUGGCACAAUUUCUUCAAAAACCAAGUCAUUGUCAAGGGAUAUCCCAUAUUGCGUGAAUCGAAAACGACGACCAUGAAAUAUUCAACAAUUAGAACUGAGUCUGUAUCUUCUCGGUCGACGACAGAGAGCACAAUCUUUGAUGAUGAUGAUAAUGAUGACGGCAACUCCACUAUACAUUCUAUUGACACAGAGCUGAGUGAAAGGACAUCCCACAAAAGUCACAGACCGAGAAGUCCACAAGCAGUAGCCGCUUCAGAUCGCUCUUCGUUUGUACAUCACGCCGCACACAUGGAUAUAGUGGAUGCCGUUGUGAAUCCGUCUAGUCAGCCAAAUGUCAAAUCAGUGCAAGACAGCAGUGUAUCUGUUGAGGCAAUGCGGGUUUCUCAGCUGAUAGCCAAUAAGGCAACCCUCCAGAAGCCUAACACGCGGUACUACAUCUCAUAUACGCGAGCCCUAGGCCCUCCGCUCUCAGAUCUGUGUAAAAGGUUCAUCGAAUGUAUUGCUGGUAGUCCUUUGUCAUGGUAUCCGCUAGACGACCCAGAAGUCGAGUUAAAAGCCGGUCUCACUCGAGUAUACUCCAAGUCUUUUGGCGGAGGGAAGCGGUUCUACGACGAUAUCCCCACCUCACUAGCAGAAGCCCUAUUUCCGCGGCUAGUGCAUGCUCAUGAAGACGAGCCCAAGUCAAAACGGUGGGUUAUCCAGCGGAGAGAUAUCGUACUUCUAGACACGACUCUUAUACGACUCUUAAAUACUCACUUUGCCUCUUCUGGAGUUGGGAAAUCAAUGGUGAAAGUACUAGAGCAUGUUGACUCUUUGCAGAACGACGCCUCGUUGGGGGGUGGAGGCACUCAUGCUGCCAAGACACACGGAGGAAACGACCAAAAGCAUAAUGCAGGCAGUCCCCCAAAGUCAAGCAAUGGUAUGAAAAGUACUAAUAAUCCAACCAAUCCCUCUAGCGGAAGGGAAAGCAGCAGCGGUCAUCCAGAUCCACAAGGCUCGGGGAAUCUACAGAGCGCCAACAACAGCGGUCAAGAUCCAUCCAAUAUUGCUAACAGCAUAAACAACAACAGUACUUCAUCUAGUGCUGGAGAUGAAAAUGAGAGUAACGAUAGCGACGAAGAAGAAGACCAGAACAAUCCACAAACCCAUCCCGUCAUCUUCCUCUGCGCCGACAUUGGACCCAACGAAUCUGUAGUCCGAACAAUAGACCUCCACAACACAAACGAAACAAUAACCGACAAAGUACUCUGCAGAGAGCUUCGAAACGCCUAUAAUGCGCUUAGAUCCCAAACAUGGUGGAGGCGCUGGUUCCGGUGGAAGCGCGUCACGGGGAUAAAAUUCUAUCGCUUCAAGAGUUUCCUCCACAGCAGUCUCCGCAAUCGCCACUACAUCGAUAUCCACAGAGACCACGAACGAUACCCCUGUAAAUCCGAUCCAGAAUACACAGAAUACACAUUCCAACCCCGCCCUUGGCCCUGCGACUCACAAUACCCCGGUGGCGAAGUCUGUUUCUUCUUCCACAACCCCUCAGAAUGCGGAACCUCUUCCAUUCUCAAAGAAACGCUACCUGUGCGCACCACAGGUCCCAUCAAAACGCGCUGCAGGGCUUUUGGAAUCUACGUGGAAGAGCGGUAUUCUUUCUGGGCGCUGGUGGUGCUUGCGCUGGCCAUGGUGAUAUUCACGUUGGGGGUCACAAUGUGGUUUGUGCCGGAGUGGUUAAGGGAUCAUCCGGGGGAUUUGCAGAAUGCGACGGUGCCUGUGAUGCUGGCUGUGAGUGUGGUGUCGAUUUUUAGCAAUCUUUUGGUUUCGCUGUUUGUGGUCAGGAUGUCAAGUUCGUGA